ACGCAGCCGAGUUCAGUUCGAAGGACCCCACUUGUGCACUGACUGCGCCGAAUUCCUGCAUGCCCAUGUUGCGGCAGGUCGGACAUGCAAGGUUGGGUCAAGCGGGCCGAAGCUGCAAAGACGAUGAACUCUCGGUUCCUGAUGGCGCUGCAAAGCGACGACGCCGACGACGUGGAAGAGAUACUGCGCAGCAGUAUAGACAUAGACACUAUCUUUGAGGUGGAAGACAGAAGCAUGAUCCUGGCUUCGUACAAACAAGGUUAUUGGUUGCCUGGAUACAAGCUGGAAUCCUCUUGGGCCACGGGUCUCCACGUGUGCGUCAUGUAUAACUCUGUGGCGAGCGCGCUGGUGCUCCUGCAGAACGGUGCCGCGGUCAACCGGAAGCCCAACGGCAAGACCCCCCUGCACGUGGCGUGCGAGGUCUCCAACAGCGACUUUGUCACCCUCCUCCUUAGACACGGAGCCCGAGUGAACAGCACCUCCUUGAGCGGCCACAGUCCACUGCAUUACUGCAUCACCAAGGAGUCAUUUCCCUGCGCAAGGACACUCAUUCGAAAAGGGGCGCAGGUGAACAAGCGCAGCGAGAACAGCGAGGAGGACACGCCGCUGCACACGGCGGCCCGCUUCGGCCUCCCGGAGCACAUCAACCUGUACGUGCGGUACGGCGGCUCGAUAAACGCGCCCAACGCGCACUCCGAGACGCCGCUCAUCACCGCCGCCUUCUGGGCGUUCAACCAGCGCGAGCAGGUAUACAGCGAGGACCACCACCUGGUGUGCCGGAUGCUGCUGGACCUGGGCGCCACCGUCAACCUGCAGGAGGAGGACGACAAGACGGCGCUGCACAAGGCGGCGUGGAACUGCGACCGCGUGCUCAUGCAGAUGCUGCUUGAGGCGGGCGCCGACCCGCGCCUCAUGGACAUCAACGGCUGCGCGCCCAUCCAGUACGUCCUCAAGGUGGCGCAAGUGAGGCCCGCCGGCCAGCCCGACGUCUGCUACCAGCUGCUGCUCAACCACGGGGCGGCCAGGAUAUACCCCCCGCAGUUCCACAAGGUGCUCCAAGAGUGCCAUGAGUUUCCCAGGGCAGUUGAAGUGCUGAUAAACUCAUACGAACAUAUCAAAUCCACAAGGAAAUGGAGGGCUGCUAUUCCUGAUGAUUCGUACCAGCGACACAAGGAAUUCUACGACUCCAUGUUCGCCGUCUGCGACGACAGCCCGCGCUCCCUGCUGCAUCUGGCCAGGUGUGCCAUUCGGAUGCGCCUGUACAACCGGUGCCACAGGGGCAUCGGUCAGCUGCCCAUUCCGCCCGCCCUGCAGAGGUACCUGCUGCUGGAACCGGAGGGAAUCAUCUACUGAGGGGUUGCGCCUUCAUCUGCUCGGUCUGUUCUUGAUGAACAUCAAGAAAGGGACCAUUUUGAAAAAGUAAAUAAAUCUUUCACUUCCCCCCCAGCAGGUUAAGAUGCCACAUACAGUUGGCUUGAAAGGUGCCUGAAAGCACUUUAAGAGAGAGAACUGUCUCGCUGAAAAUUCGCUCCCCCGAACUGAAGCGAUCCGCCUGCAAAGUUGGCCUUUUGUCUGUGUAUGGUAAAUGCAAUUAGCGCUGUAAUUAAACGAGUCUGGAGAUGGUAAUAAUGGGGAGAAUGCGAAUCCAUUUCAGGCAGGUUAUGAGUGGGUUUCAUCCGAUUUAAUGCAGUCGGAUAAUGUCGCGGGGUGCGCUCGUGGCACUUAAGGGACAUGCCCUGAAUGGGAGAAGGUGCCUUAGCCAUUAGUCCUUUGUUAGCAAGAGAUUCCAAAUUGCACCUUGAAUACUUAACCAUCAGCUUUUCACUUUAAAACUCAAUCAAGUCGCAUGGAAGUAAGAGACUUUCCCUAACAAUACUGGCAUGACACAAUGCAACUCCUACGCUCCAAAGGAGAAGAUGAUGUAUAACCCUCAGAGUUUUCAAUAAUUUUUUAGGUUAAAACUUUUUUGUGGUAAAACAAAAUGCACUAAUGACGCGUACUUAACGGAUGACCGUGCCGGUCAGGACCGGUUGGUUCUCGGUCACUGAAACGUGACUGCUGUGAAGUAUUCACCUGAAAAGCCUCCAGUUGAGCUGGUCUCAUCUUUUAGCAAAAAGGUUGCCACGUUUGCCCUCUCAUAUAAUUAAUCCAAAGCUUUUCAUUGUCGUCAGUCCCUCUUAAACAAGGGUGUUUUAAGAAUAGCAACCAUUGGUAGUGCUUCCCACGUAGCGCUCACAGCAAUCCGGAAUUCUCUCAGUUCUGCUCACACAUCUUGUCUGUAGUCUGUUUGAAGUCAGGUGACUGAUGACCAACACAUGACCUCGGUUUCCUCCUCCCCAAAGCACGCCUACCACACUACCAGUAGAAAAACAAGUGCCCGUAUCCUGUUAUCAUAUGCAUCUGCAAUGUUCUGGCUCCUCUGAUCUUGCUGA